AUGAAUAAUAUAGAUAGUAAAUCAUCUGAUAUUAGUGUGUUGGUUGAUCAAACUAAAUCUACAACUUUAGCUUCAACGUCAACUGCAACAACAAACUUGACGACGUCGACAACGACAACAUCAUCAACAUUAACAACUUCUACAUCUUCAUCAUCGGGUGUAGCAACAGUAUCAUCACCUUCACCUUCGUCUUCCUCCAAUUCAUUACCAUCUUCAUCUUCAUCUUCAUCUUCAUUGUCUUCACCCAUCAUAUCAACAUCAUCUCAAACGACAACAUCAACAACAACAACACCACAUCAACAAAAAGAAUCAAAAUGGGAUUUGACAAAACCAAAAGAAUUUGCAGUAGUGGUAGAUAAUAAUAUUAAUAAUAUCAAUAAUAAUAAUAAUAUUUCGAAUGCUGCAAAUUUACAUUUAAGUGGUGGUGGUGGUGGUGCAAAUGGAAGUGUUGCAAAUAGCAGUAAUCCUGUUGGUGGUGCGGCAGCAGUUGUUAUGGCACCACACCAUGGUUUGCUACCAUUCCCAUCGUCGGUGUAUCAUCAACCUCAUUAUCAUCCCUAUGCGCACCAACAUCACCACUAUAGCAAUAGAAUGAACAAUUCUAACUACUUCCGAGGUGUUGCUGGUGCUGGCACUGUACAGCGUCAGAGUCAAACAAGUACUGCCGAACGAUUUGAAGAUGAGCAUAAGCGAGCAUCUGGUAGGUCAAUCGUCAGUAGCACUACUACAACCACCACCAGUAGUAGUAGUACAAGUCGUGUUAGUGGGUGGGAUAGAGAUGUCAGUCGUGAUGUCACUCGUGAUGUUACCAUUGAACAAAGAGAUAGUCGGGAAAGUAAUGAUCGUGAUAGAGACAUAAGAGAUAGUCGUGACAGAGAUAUUAGAGACAGAGAUAGAGAAAAAGAAAGAGAAUCUGAGAGAGAUAGAGACAGAGAUAUUAGAGACAGAGAUAGAGAAUCUGAGCGUGAUAGGGAUAUUAGAGAUAGAGACCAAGAUCUAAGAGAUAGUCGGGAAAGAGACAUUAGAGAUAGAGAUAGAGACAGAGAUAGAGAUAGAGAUCUAAGAAGUAGCAGAGAUAGUCGAGAGAGAGAUAGGGAUAGAGAUAGAGAUAGAGAUCUUAGAGGUAGUAGAGAUAGUAUAUAUAGUAAAGAUAGAGAUAGAGACAGAGACAGAGAUAGAGAUAGGGAUAGAGAUAGAGAUAGAGACUAUAGGGAUAGAGAUAGAGUUGAUAAAGAUAGAGAUAGAGAAAGAGAAAGAGAGAGGGAAAGAGAAAGAGAGAGAGAAAGGAAUAGAGAAAAGGAAAGGGAUAGAAAUGAUAAAGAUAGAGAUUUAAAAGGAAGUAGAAAUAGUAUUAUUAACAAUAGUAGUAGUAGUAUUAGUAGCAGCAGUAGUAGUAUUAGUAGUAGUGUAACAAAAGAAAGUAGUGUUGUUGCCGAUGUAAAAAAAGAGAAUAUAGAGAGUGACAGUAUCGAGAGUAAACUGAAUCGGCUGAGUUUGGCAGAGAAACAGAUAUUUCAACAGACAUCGAACCAGAUAUUGAGUAUACUAAAGAACAAUGGUACAUUCGAUCGGAUCAGAAAGAUCAUUGCAACUCAGCUGGUGGAGAACGGUGUACAAGAAAACUUGAAACUCGAAGCCAAGACAAGGUUGGAGAGCUCCGCUAUUCUGAAGCAAUACUUGAAAGAUAAAACCAUAAACAAGAGAUCGAUAUUCCUACAGCUAAGGCGAGAGACAGAGUAUAUCACUGGCUCCAUCAAGAAAGAACUGAUACAUAUAAUCAAAGAGAAAGAUAAAGAACCAUCGCUAUCUUUAUUAGAAUCAAUAGAUCAGUUAAUUACUUCUUUAAAUGAGGAAGAAAAGGUAAAUCAAUCGAAUACAUCACCAAAUAUUUCAUCGGUAUCGAGUUCAAGCUCAACAACUACAACUACGACGACAACUACAUCUGCAACAACAGCCAAUAAGAAACAUAUGAUUAAAGUAAUACCAAAGGGUCCAAUGUUAAAGAGACCUGUUUCGAAUAAGCCUGCUCUACUGAAUAAAGACAAGGAUGAAGACGAACAAUCGCUACAACAUGACAUUGGUUUGAUAAGAAGACAACCACUAAGCAUUUCACCGAAUAAAAAGAAGUUGGCCGAAGAUGCUACUGGUACUAGAGAAAAGAUCGAUAUUGUAGAGAGUCGAACUCACCAAGUCAAUGGUAAAACACUGACUAUUAAAUCUACAAAACAAAAGAUAGAUAGUAGUGAUAGUAGUGAUAGUAGUGAUGAUAGCGAUGAUGAAGAAGAUAGCAGUAGUAAUAGUAGUGGUGAUGAGAGUAACAAUAAUAAUAAUAACAAUGUUCAAAUAGAAGACGAUAGUAGUGAUAGUAGCAUUGAUAGUGAAGACGAAGAUGAUGAAGAUAGCGACGAUGAGAGUGACACCGAACAGAUAUAUAAUAAUAGAAGAAAACCAAUUACACCAACCAAAGUAAAGAGCAGUGGUAGUAAUAGUAAUAGUCCUGCUAAGAAUAUCUCACAUAUUAGACAAGUAACAGUUGUACUCGGUGGUAAGAAACUGAAUGGCAGCAGCAACAACAAUGGUCAUGGACAUAUCGAUAAUAAGAAGAGAGACUAUCAUGAUGACCAAGAUACCGACAAUCACAAUCAAUUGAAAAAGAGAAAAUUGUUAUUUACAACCACAAAUAAUAAUAAUAAUAACAAAGUAAUAGUUGAAGAAGAUGAAGAAGAGAAUAUAAAUAUAGAAAAGACAUCAUCUUCAUCAAGUAACUCAUCAUCAUCAUCGAUUGAAUCAUCUCCACCACUCAUUUCAAGUGCCUCUAAAUUUGUACCACUUUCAUUUAGAAAGAAAAAGAAAUAA